AUGGCCUGCCCGAUCACAGUCGCCAAAUUCGUCGGCACAAUCUCCCUUGGCCUUCUGACAGGCGUUUCCUACUCCGCCUCCACUAUCACAAUCCCCGCCUUACAUCUUCUUCCUACCGCAAAUGACGCCGCGCAGACUUUCAAAGACAUUCAAGUGCGCACCCGCAGGCGCGUCUUCACACUGUCAAACCUCACCGCCAUCUCUCUUCUCACCGCCUUUUCCCUCUCGUCUCCUCGUCGAAAGCACCCAUACCUCGUCUGGACCGGUCUGAUUGCCCUGAUCGGCGGCACAGGACUGGAAUGCUGGGCCAACCGUAAGUCUAUGUCCUGGGUAGAGCCCUUCACAGCGUCAAUCUGCUGUGUCGGCUCCAAUUCUUCCGAAUCAUCGCUCUGCAACCUUGGCUUCGGGUCAUGGGCUGCAACCCAUCUUGGAUGCCGCAGGCAGCCAACGCCCCAUGAUCGGAGGCUCGAGGAGGAAGAAUCCAAUGGAAAUGGAAGCGAGAUUGAGAUUGUGAAUGAGUUUGAUGCCAUACCGACCCCUAGUACCAGAGAACAAUCCGCCAGUCCUGACGAUCUAGUGGUUGAUGUGAACGGGGAGACUGUCAGAGAUAGUAUGGCGAGAGAAAGGAAAAUCCAAAAGAUGAGAACCUGGAUUCUUGGAGUGGCCUUCUCCAUGGCCGUCGUUGGUAUCUGGGGUGACGGUGCUUGA